AUGCGUUCUGUAGGGAAGGUGCUCGUCAUAUUCUCGUUCCUUUCCAUCUGUUUUAAUCCUACAUUGGAGCUAUCUUCAGCAUCGGAUGUUCCACCGUUGCCAUUGUUAGUCGCUAGGAAGCUUCAUCAGCGUGUAGAUAAGGCUCUAGAUGAGCUUCGGGGGAAUGGAGAGAAUGAACCCUCAUUACUGGAUGUGAUGAAGGGAAGGCAGAUCCAACGGCUCCAACGCUUGGAGAACGCUAAGGUGUCCGACCUGAUCCCACCAAUUCUUCGCCCAUCAACACUGCUUUCAACAUCCUAG